UUUGUUUUAUUUUUAGUAGGAUAAUACAUCUUUCUCACUUAGCUCUAGUUUCAGUCUCAAUGAUUUAUGCACUGAAAAGCAAUAUCCUUGAGUGUGGAAUUAUUAUUCAUCUCUUUCAGGUUAGUACAAUUGCUAGCAAGGAAAGAAAUACUAAGUGAGAAAGCAUGUUAAGUCAUUGGUAAAGAUGUCAAUCUUUCAAGAACUAGGAUUGUUUCAGAUAAGUUUUAUUUUGCUGUCAGACACUGGAAAAUUCUUCAACCUGAGGCAGUUUUUGUUUUCUGUAGUUUGACUUGGUGUGCUUAAAGAUAAGUCGCUUAGUUCUGGAAAAUUAAAAAUUACAAGGAUACUUUAAGGAUCCAGUUCUCCAAUUUGGUUGCCUAAAACUGGGUAACUAGAUUCAGGCUCAAAGGACUAUCUAUCUGUCUGUCUGUCUCUCGUUAAAUUGCUUGUGAGCUAAAUGCCUGUUUUAAGUGCCCAACAUAGAUUUUUCAGACUUGUUUUCUUUCACCCACACCCAAUGCAAGUAGAUUUCUGCCUUUUAUAAAAUCUCCAUUAUCUUCGAAGUACACUCUCUGCUCUGAAUAUUUAAAGCUAGUAAUUACACUGAGGGUAAAACUUGCAUUGGGGGCAGGUGCCCAGGCUCUGGCAGGAGGCUGCAGGGGUGGCCUCUGUGAGGAGAAGCCAGGGGCUGCCUGUGCCAGACACAGCCACUGCCAGACAGCUCCAGCGGACCCACCACAGGGCACAGCUGAGCCCCUCUGGGCUUUCUUAUGGAUUUGCAGUGCUCUGAGAACACAUACCAGAGCAGCAGCAGGAAUGCCCGUUGUCAGCACCAGGCGACGCUGGUGGCACCUCUGGGACAACGUAUUUAAGAAAGGGUAAAAUGCCACACAGACGGUGUGUGAGGAGCGAUGGAAAAAAGCAUGAGAAACAACUCUGCAGACACCAAGGUCAGAGAAGAAGGAGGGGAGGUGUUGUUCCAGGCCCUGGAGCAGAGAUUCCCCUGCAUCCAUGGAGAGGACAAUACUGGAGCAGAUAUCCACUGUGGAGGACCCCACAGUGGACCAAGUAGCUAUUUCCUGAAGGAAACUGCAGCCAGUGAAGAGGAGUCCAUGCAGGAACAGGUUCUCCUGACAGGAACUGUGGCCCAUGGAGGACCCACACUGGAGCAGUUCCUGAAGGAUGGCAGCCUGUAGGAAGGACCCAGGCUGGAGCAGGGGAAUGGUGUGAGGAGGAAGCUGUCAUUUAGAUGUUGAUAUGUAAAGCAAAAUGGCAAAAAUCAACACCCAGCACUCCUACCCUGGUAUGCACAGACUGUCUGUCAGGACUCCUGAUGAAGAUAUUGAAAGGAUUGAAAAUGGCUGUAUCAGAACCCAUUCACUGUGUGAGGAUGCAUCUUCAGAACUGCAGAGAGUCAUUUCUGUGGAGGGAAGACAUGUAUCUGAAUCCCAGACAAGCUCAUUCACAGGCAGCGGAGCAAUGGCAAGGCUAUCACGAUUUGUCUUAUCUGUGAGGUCAUGGGCCACAAGACAUACGCACCAUGAAGACCAAAGACCUGAUUCUUUCCUAGAACGUAUCAGAGGGCCGGAGCUCAUAGAGGUGUCCAGUAGGCAAAGUAACAUCCGCUCCUUUCUGGGUAUCCGUGAGCGCCCUGGGGGAGUAAACAGUCACUGGCCCUUUGCCAGGUUUAAUGUCAACUAUAGCAACAACACCAACGAAGACAAAAAGGAAGAAAAGAAAGAGGUUAAAGAGGAGAAAAAAGAGGAGAAAAAAGAGGAGAAAAAAGAGGAAAAGAAGGAGGAAAAGAAAGAGGAAAAGAAAGAUGACAAAAAAGAUGAUAAAAAAAAAGAAGAGAAGAAAAAAGAGAUCUUUGUGAUAGAUCCUUCAAGCAAUAUUUACUACAACUGGCUGACCAUAAUUGCAGCACCCGUGUUCUAUAACUGGUGUAUGCUAGUGUGCAGAGCCUGCUUUGAUGAGCUCCAAGUUGACCAUGUUAAAUUAUGGCUGUUCUUGGAUUAUAUCUCUGAUGUCAUCUAUGUUCUUGACAUGUUUGUCAGAUUCAGAACAGGCUUCCUUGAACAAGGCUUGCUAGUUCAGGAUGAAAAGAAAUUACGAGAUCAUUAUACCAAAACUCUGCAGUUCAAACUGGAUGUGCUGUCUCUUCUGCCAACAGACCUGGCAUAUUUGAAGCUUGGUUUGAACUACCCUGAACUGCGAUUUAACCGCUUGCUGAGGAUUUCUCGUCUGUUUGAGUUUUUUGACCGUACUGAAACCAGGACAAAUUAUCCAAACAUGUUUCGUAUUGGAAAUCUUGUCUUAUACAUUCUUAUCAUCAUCCACUGGAACGCAUGUAUAUACUUUGCAAUUUCGAAGCUCAUCGGAUUUGGAACUGACUCUUGGGUCUACCCCAAUGUGUCCAUUCCAGAGUAUGGGCACCUGUCUAGAAAGUACAUUUACAGUCUGUACUGGUCAACGCUCACGCUGACAACCAUUGGAGAAACACCUCCCCCAGUGAAAGAUGAAGAGUAUCUCUUUGUAGUCAUUGACUUCCUGGUGGGUGUGCUGAUCUUCGCUACCAUUGUCGGUAACGUGGGCUCCAUGAUUUCCAACAUGAAUGCCUCCAGGGCAGAGUUCCAGGCCAAAGUGGAUUCCAUUAAACAGUACAUGCAUUUCCGAAAAGUGACUAAGGAUUUGGAAGCCAGGGUUAUUAAGUGGUUUGAUUACCUCUGGACCAACAAGAAAACAGUGGAUGAGAAGGAAGUUCUCAAAAAUCUGCCUGACAAGUUGAAGGCUGAAAUUGCCAUCAAUGUCCAUUUGGACACACUGAAGAAAGUGCGUAUAUUCCAGGAUUGUGAAGCUGGACUUCUCAUUGAGCUGGUGCUGAAACUGAAACCUACGGUCUUCAGUCCUGGGGACUACAUUUGCAAAAAGGGAGAUAUUGGGAGAGAAAUGUACAUUAUUAAAGAGGGAAAACUGGCUGUGGUGGCGGAUGAUGGCAUAACCCAAUUUGUAGUCCUAAGCGAUGGCAGCUAUUUUGGUGAAAUCAGCAUCCUAAACAUCAAAGGUAGCAAAUCUGGCAACAGGAGGACAGCCAACAUAAGGAGUAUUGGUUAUUCUGAUUUGUUCUGCUUGUCUAAAGAUGAUUUAAUGGAAGCCCUCACAGAAUAUCCAGAAGCCAAAAAGGCUCUGGAAGAGAAAGGGCGACAAAUUCUGAUGAAAGACAAUCUAAUAGAUGAGGAAGCAGCAAAAGCAGGAGCUGACCCAAAAGACUUGGAAGAAAAAAUAGAAAGACUUGAAACAGCUCUGGAUACACUGCAGACUAGGUUUGCAAGGCUCUUGGCAGAGUACACCUCAUCUCAACAAAAGGUGAAGCAGAGACUUGCCAGUGUAGAAACCCGAGUGAAAAAGUACGGUAGUGGCACCUUAUCAGUUGGAGAAACAGAGGCUGAAAAACCUGAGGAGGAGAAAAAGCAGUAAUGGAGUAUUUAUAUUUCCUCAUUUAUUGGAGAAGGUUGAAGCAUGUGAAAGCCAUAAAUGUAUGUAAAUACAUGUGUGCAUACAUAGACAUGAUUAUUUUUAUAUGAACUCAAGAGAAUGGUUUUUAGUAUUUUUAACUGAAGCAGUAUUUUCUUGUAAAUAGAACAUUGUCACCUUCUUCUUAGGGGGAGAUUUGGUCUGGCAUUUGGGUACUUUUUUGUACUGGGAGUGGGUUUCCUACAAGUCAUGCUCAGAAUGUCUAUUGUGUAUGGUACAUGUAGGUCUUGACAUACAGUGUCUCUUCCCAUGCAUGUUGCAUUAAGAAGGCAUUGUACUUGAAGUAGAAGGGAUUGUUGUUUGUUUUUUUUUUUAAAGGGCUUAAAAAAUAUUUAUAGGGUACAUGCUCUACCUUGCUACCUUAGUAGCUGAUUAAAUGCAUGGACGCACAUCUGG